AUGAAGCGAGGUAAAGCAGACGUCUGCCUUUACGAUCUGGAUGCCAAUCGCGUACCCUCUACUUUCAUCCCUGUCGAGGUCCAAGACCAAACCCCGAAUGGCGUCUUGCCAACUCCCCCGGAACCCAUGCCAGCGUCUUCGAGCGUUGUGCCCGAUGACUUCAGAUCACUAGGUUAUGGCGACAACACAAAGGGAACACCUGGAGUGCUCCGUGGCCUGGGAGAGUCCGCAAGCGUCUUGCAUCAGUUCUCGCCUAGGAACCGCUCUGACCCUAGUCAAUACACAAGCAUAAUCCGAGAGCUUCCACCUCGAAGACACAUAGAUAUUCUUGUGCAAGACUUCUUCAAAAAUGUAGCCUGGCAUUACGAUAUUGUGGACGAGGCUAUGUUUAUCAGCCAACUUUCUCAAUGGAGCCGCCUGACGCAUGAUCAACUGAAACAAGGACCAGACGCCUUACCGACCAACCUCCGAUCCUUUCCUGCUUUGCUCUUCCAAACUCUAGCACAAGCUCUGCUUUUCCAACCCACACAGCAUGAAGAAAGCCUCAAUGAUCUAAAGUAUGCAGCCGACAUGGAGCUAUCUGAUCGGGCGGCAGACUUUAGUGAUGCGGGGCAUCGGCUUGCUUCGUCUUUCAGAAAGAGUGAGCUCACUCUCACAAUAGUGCAGGCUGGGCUGAUGCGAGCGUGCUUUCAAAAGACCACGGGGCCAGUGAUCGAGGCCUGGCACACGCUUGGAAACGCUAUCCGCGACGCUCAAGAACUUGGUCUGCACUUGAUCAAGCCAGAGUCAACACCCUACUUGAGAACUGAAAAUUUGUCGGAUCGCGAAUUGGGCCGAAACGUGUGGCAUAUGCUUCAUCUCUGGGAUGUCCAUAUGGCUACUGUUCUUGGAAGGCCGGCAUCGACAAGAAUGAGUCCCAAAGACGUGCCUCUGCCAAUGUCAGCGAGAGACAGCUCGGGCAGGCAGAGGCCACCGCAACCCCGCGACGUCAUUUGGUGUGGCUAUCACACUGCUUAUAAGUUCUUACAGGACAUCCAUGAUCUCGAGAAAGUGGAAGACUGGCGUAUCCCUGUUGAGACAAUCCACGAAACUAUUCUGACGAACAUUGCGAACCUUCCCGCAUGGGCUACAGCCCAGAGGUUACGUCAAGGGGAGCCUCCUUGGCUUUCUGCGGCCUUGGAAGAGAUGUACACCAACGUACACUUUGUCGUCUUUGCUUUGCAUCGGCCCUUCGUAUUUGCAGAAAUGAGCAGUCGCCACAACGCUUUUCACUCAGCUAUGCAGAUUCUGGAGUCUCAAGCCCGUCUGUUCAAUCUGACCGAACCUCUACAAUACAAGGCUUUUAGUUUGGUGUACGCAACAUUUGACGCGAUGGUCUUGGUAGCUGCUAUGCACAUUCGCUUUCCGGAUGAAUUUAUGGAGCAAUUUCCAGCCACGAGGAGGAAUCUGGAAUGGGGUUUAGAAAGGCUGAAGUCUUUGCAAGCCAGGAAAAACGAUCUCGCUGCCACAGCUCUCAAUAUUAUCCAACAAUUAUAUCGAAGAAUGCUUACUGCUGUUUCUGCGAUCCCGCCCCAGGGCCCCUAUCAUGGAGUGUCUGAGAAUGGAGACCUCGAAGCGAUGGAAGCAGAGACAGCGCGAGUCAACUGGGACACCAUCCUACAGCCUGACCUUGGAGAUUUAUUCGUUCCUCAACCAUUAAACGAGCUGUUAUGUAACGGAUAUUUCGGUCAACCUUUGAACAUAAGCCCUGCUGAUCAAAUAGGAUAUGGGCCAUCUCAGUUUGGAUCCGACAUUACUGGCAGCCUCGGAAAUGACCUAAUGACUGAUCAUAGCACAGGUGAAGCAUCAAAUAUGCCAAGUAGCUGA